AUGUCUGUUAAUUCUGUUACUAUAAGAAUUGAACCUAAACCAUUUACAGCCUUGGAUCAACAAAGAUGGAUCCUAACCACCAUCGACACACUCCAGCAAAGAACCUGCGUCCGAUUUCGCGUCAGGACCGCUGCUGACCGCAACUUCGUCAGGCUGACCGGAAGGCCAACUGGUUGCUACGCCAGCGUCGGCUUCGACCAAAACAGGGGCAUUCAUACGAUGAAUGUAGCACGUGACCAGCCUGGCCAAGGCUGCUUGAACUGGGUCGUCAUCGUCCACGAGUGGUACCACUUGCUUGGAUUCUUCCACAUGCAGUCCACCUACAAUAGGGACGACUACGUCCGGAUCCACUGGGAGAACAUCGAGAGAGGGUACGCCUUUGCCUUCGACCGUUAUGAUAACAGCAUCGUUUCCAACUUGGGACUUCCUUACGAGUACAGCAGCUGCAUGCACUACGGAACCCACUUCUUCAGUGCCAAUGGGCGCCCCACUAUUUCUACCACCAGGCACUACGGAGGAGUAUUAGGCCAGACCUCAGUCGUGACGGGCUUCGACAUCUGGCGCCUGCAACGCCACUACAACUGUCCCGGAGCUUGGAGCGCCGCCGCCGAGAUGAAGGCACGGACCACCAACUACGCGAUGGAAGAUGGAAAAGUGGUGGAGGUGCCGGCUGACAACAAGUUCGCUGAUGAAUACGAGCUGAUCGAAGAGAAUGAGGAAGAAUAAACGCUGGAGUUCAAUAAUAAUGACCUAUUAA